AUGAACCGCAGCUUUUUGGCCCAAUGCUGCGAAGCAGCAGAGCUGAAAAUCUUGAUCCACCACUACCCGAUAAUCCCUGACUGGCUGGGGUGUCGUGGUGGAGUGGGCAUGAGCGAAGGAUUCGCGCCAGACGAGACUUUCCAGGGCGAGUCGGCUCUGGGGAACGUCCACGUGCAGGACUGGCGCAAGCCUUUCAAAUGGGUUCGGGCGAAAGAGCUGCACAAGGAUGCCAAGCUUUUCUCCGUCAUUCAGGCAGACAACAUUGUACAGGGGGAGUUGGGCGAUUGCUGGCUUUUAGCGGCGAUGGCUGUUUUCGCAGACUUUCCGGGCCACAUCAUGAGCCUGUUUGAUGACAUUAAUCUCAAAGAGAGUGGUCGAUACGUCAUCAGGCUAUGGGACAUCAAAGGCAAAGGCGAGUGGCAGGAUGUGGAAGUCGAUGACCUGAUCCCUUGCGACAAGUACUGCAAGCCAUUGUUCGCUCAAUUGGCGGGGGAGAGCGGCAGCAUGUGGGCGCUGCUACUUGAAAAGGCCUUCGCAAAGUUCGUUGGUACCUACGAGAAGCUCGUUGGAGGGAGCACGGGGUGGGCUUGGCAGGUGCUCACGGGGCAGCCCUGGAUGGCGCGAUGGUCACGGGACCCGGGUCAAAAGUGGACACGCUGGGAGAUGUGCGACAUCCAGAAGUGUUUCGGCAAAGCCGAAGAGAACCUCGCCGCUGCAGCGAAGUGGCGUUCCGACGGCAUGCGCGGUGGGCGCUGGAAAGGACCUGUCGAGACGUCAGAAGAUGAUCAAAUGUUCCAGGCCCUGGCUUCCUACACCCAGGCCUGCUUCGCCAUCAGCUGCUCCAUUGGCCAAGGGGAUCGCGCCGAGGCUGUGCGCAUCAGCGCUGCUAGGGCCAUUCUUUGA